UACGCGAACUAUAAAUAAAUCUGCAGACGCACAAUAGAACAAAUCAUUGCAAACGAAAUUUCGAGUACAAAUUGUGAUUGGGAACAAGGCGAGAACAAUAUGGCAGAGAAGGCGGGCAGUGAGGACGACUUCCAGGAUGCGCUCAGUGAGCCCGUAUCGCCCAUACACAAAGUCACAACAAAAUCAACAGAGCAGGAUAAAUUGAUAGACGAAAUAAUAGAAAAGAAUACCAACCUACGACUCGAGGAUGACAAUGAUGAUGAGAAGGAGAAAGCGACGGGUGCGCCGGGUGGCAACGAUGGAGCGGACGAUGAUAAUCAAAAAGAAGCGCUGCAGCCCGACGGAGAGCUGAGCAUGGAGGAGUUGUUGCUGCGGGAAAAAGAUAUGAGCACUGAGCAAUUGGCUGCCAACAAAGAGCAGGCGGACAAAUUGAAACUGGAAGGCAACGAACUCUUCAAGAACGAUGAGCCUGCACGUGCCGUGGAGAUUUACACAGAAGCUCUCAACAUUUGUCCAUCCAGCAACAGCAAGGAGCGUGCUGUGCUCUUUGGCAAUCGAGCAGCGGCCAAAAUGAAACUGGAGGCCAACAAAUCGGCCAUUGACGACUGCACCAAAGCCAUCGACCUGUAUCCGGAAUAUGUGCGAGCGUUAUUAAGACGCGCCAAACUCUACGAGCAGGAUGACAGACCGGACGAGGCUCUGGCGGAUUAUAAGCGCGUCAACGAAAUCGAUCCGGGUCAGCGUGAGGCGCGAGAGGCUCAAGCUCGCCUGCCCGCCGUAAUCAAUGCGCGCAACGAGAAGCUGAAGGCGGAUAUGUUGAAUGGGCUGAAGGGAUUGGGGGAUAUGAUUUUGAAACCGUUUGGUUUGUCCACUGCCAAUUUUCAAAUGCAACAGGAUCCCAAUUCCGGCUCGUAUUCCAUUAAUUUUAAUCAGAAUAAUAGUUAAUAUCAAUUACUGUCAUGUUUGUUGAAAUUCUGAGAAUAAAGUUCAAAACAUGUAAAAUGCA